UUCGAUGGGCGGGUCAAACAAACAGGAGCGCUCGGACGAUACGCCGGUUUUGCUAGCGUCGUUGAAAAAUAAAAACAAAACAAAACAAAACAAAAAUCCAGAUGAUUAAUUUUAGGAUAGGUUACCGAAGGUUUAGACAUAAAUAUGAGUUCAUUUGCAGGUCGAAUGAAGGAGUAUCCUACAAUUUCUCUGGACCGGUUCGAUAGGGAGAACCUACAUGCCCGGGCAUAUUUCCUCUCCCACUGCCAUAAAGAUCACAUGAAAGGGCUGAAAGGACCACUGCUGAGGAGGAAACUACAGUUCAGUCAUACAGUCAGACUUUACUGUUCCUUUGUGACCAAAGAGCUUCUGCUGAGCAACCCGAAGUACGCCUUCUGGGAAGAGUACAUUGUGCCAUUAGAGCUGGAGAGUCCGACUCAGAUUUCCCUAGUGGAUGAGGCAUCAGGAGAGUUCCUCCUUCCACUGAUCCACAACCAAAUAUUCAGCAUUUACCUCCAUUCCUUCAUCCCUUUCCAACAGAAAGAAGAGGUUGUGGUGACAUUGCUUCCUGCAGGUCAUUGUCCUGGUUCUGUUAUGUUCCUGUUUGAGGGUUCCCAGGGAAAUGUGCUGUAUACUGGAGACUUCAGGUUGGCUGUUGGAGAUACAGCCAGAAUCGAGCAUCUCCACUCAGGCACCAGAGUUAAAGAUAUUCAGAGUGUGUAUCUGGACUCUACAUUCUAUGACCCACGAUUCUAUCAAAUACCCACUCGGGAGGUCUGUCUGAGUGGUAUCUCGGAGCUUGUUGGAAACUGGAUCUGUCAGAGCCCAUACCACGUUGUGUGGCUCAACUGUAAAGCUGCCUAUGGAUAUGAAUACCUGUUUACUAACCUGGGAGAAGAGUUCAACACACAGAUCCACGUGAACACUCUGGCAAUGUUCAGGAAGAUGCCGGAGAUCCUGAGCUAUGUGACAACCGACCGCAGGACACAGAUUCAUGCCUGUCGACACCCAAAGGAUGAAGAGUAUUUCCAAGGCAACAGGCUGCCAUGUGGAUGCACAGCCACAGACGGAACUCCUCUUCGCAUCAUCAGCAUCAAACCAUCCACCAUGUGGUUCGGAGAGAGAAGCAGAAAAACCAGUGUUAUAAUAAAGACUGGAGCAAGUUCAUUCAGAGCCUGCUUCAGCUUCCACUCCUCCUACUUUGAGAUUAAAGACUUCCUGUCCUAUCUCCAGCCGGUCAAUGUCUACCCCAGCGUCAUCCCCAUGGGCUGCACACUGACAGAAGUUACACAGCUGCUGAAGCUGAUGUGCAGGAAACGAUCUGAUCAGUCGUUUGUUUACAAGCCUCUGGGAGUCCUCAAACGCAGCAGGGUGGAGCGACCUACAUACGAUUCACACAGUGAUGAUGAGCUGUUUGAUGGACCAGACCUGGCACCAGUGAGGAAGAAGAUGGGGCUCAACCAGGAAAUAAAACAUGAGAAAACUCUGAGUCCUGACAGAACGGUGCUCGCUGUGUCUCUGGAGGAGUCUUUGCCUCUGACUGUGACUGACACACAGCCUGUGGCGAACAACUACAUUGACUGCACCGAGUCCAAUGAUGAAGAUGAAGACGAGGAGGAGCAGAGAGCGCAGGAAGCAGCAGGGCACACAGAGCUGACACAGGCUCCCAAGAAAGAGAGGAGUAAACCACCUGAGGACGAAAGCAGAGAGACUUGUAAUGCGCUGAAGUGGGAAGACUUCUUCACUGUAGAGACGCUGACUGACAGCCAGAACAGCAUCAACAGCCAAUCAAAAUCCUGCUGCUCUGUCACCACUGCCUCCCCCUCCAGGAUGACUAGCUCACAGACGCCUGAACUGUUCAGCGAGGACGAAACGACAGAGUGCGAUGAGAACUUCAGCCUGACCCUGUCCAGUCACUCCUCUCAGAACACAGACUCCUAUGUACCUCACACAGUGAUCCUCCAACAAGAAGACCCAAGUUCCAGUAGCAUGCCAGAGAAGGAGUGUGAUGGUCUUAUCCUUUCGAUGGAGCCGGAGGAGCCAUCUGGAUCUCAGGCGUCGUCAGACUUUGACAUUCCUUGUACGCCGGAGUCGAAGGUGCCGCAACCUGAAGACCUGUUGCAGCUGUACCGGAAGUUGGCUUCAGGAGAGGAGGUGCUCAUCAGAAAAGGGGAGUCAGGGCUCUGUGUGACUGACAGAAAGUUGUAGGUGAGUUACAUCGCUCUUCCUGUGCACAGCUGGCAAAAUGGCAAGAAUUAAAGGGUGCAGCCGGUGAUUUCCCAUGUUGUCAUUAUUGUGUACAAAUCCCAUCCAGAGACUAACAGCAAGAAUGAAUGUGGUGUACUCACUGUGAUGUAUGCAAGUCCAGACCCUGGUUUAGCUUUUGCUCUGUGCCGUAGACCCUAAACACACUUGUAGUGGGAAUUUAUAUUAGUAUCCUUUUAUAGUAUUGACUGUUAUUAUAUGCAGUUAUUUGUGUGCUUGUGACAUGACAAUUGACUGUUGGCAUGAGUUAGCAUGUUUGUAGUGAUAAGUAUGCCUUUGUGUGACUGCUGAACUAGAUAACCUGUGUUCUGUUUUAACCAGUAUUCUGUUUCCUUUAUCUGUUUGAACAUCUGUUUUCUGUUAUUGUAUGCUGAGUAUAAGAAGGGUGGUCACAUUCUGUUCACUGAGCUUCUUCCCUCAGACUGCCUUGACAUCCUGUGUAGAGACUGCUCCUUUUCUGCAGAAAAUAAAUGUACAAUAAC